AAUUUAUUUCGUCACUUUAAAAAAUUAACGAGGCAAAAAACUCUUUAAGCGAUCUAUGCCUGAAGAGGUAGUGGUUAACAAGAAGCAAUCUGGGGUUAACAGGUCUUGGUUUCUGAAUCUUUUUCUCUUAUUGUUUUGUCACAUGAAUAUGCAAGACUCAGGUAUUCAUGCGAACUGUUGUGAUUGAGAGUAUUGCCGUCUGUUAGCUUUAUUUUUAUAAACGUGAUUUAGAGAUUUUUCUCUAAACCCUUAUCAAGUUCAAGAUCAGUAAACACCUUUUGGUAAAAAUAUUAAGUAUAUUUACCAUUUUCGGAUUUGUGACAGAGUAACAAGAAACUCGAUUCAAUAUUGGUGAUUAAGAUCCACUAAAUAUUUAUAUUUAUAAUGAACUUCUUAUAUUUUGAUCAUUUGUUGUUGUUUGGUUUCUUGCAGUUUUCAUGACAUGAUCAGUAGUAAACAUGCGUUGAAUAUGGAAGUGGUUGAGAUGAGCAAGAAGAGGAAGUUUCAGACAGAUCAAUCGGAGUUAUCAUUAUUACCUCUGUCGAAGCAUGCUUGUUUUGACAAUGCCGCUUCUUCCGACAGUAUCAAUGGGAGAUCCGAGCUUAAUUCAGAAUAUUCAAUGUCUUGUGUGAACUCGACUUCUAUGGAAUGUGAAGAUGAGGUGGAGAUGAAAGAGGAAUCAUCUGGAUCGUGCAGUGAAGACAAGAUGAUCUCUUUCGAAAGCCAUCUCGAUAUCAUCUAUUUUUCAGACAAAGACAUUGAAAAUAUUAUCUAUCUUGAUGAAGAAGAAGAAGAAGUAGGAGAAGAAGAAGCUAAAGGAUGUAGUAACACUGCUAAAUUUGUUCUGUCCUCUGGGAGAUGGACUGUUGACCAAGAUUCUACUCAGCAUGGCACAAAGAAGCCUACGAUCGAUCAAGAAUUCGAGCAAUACUUCUCAACGCUAAUGCUGUGACAAAAUGAUUUUAGACUCAAAAACUUAAGUGAAGAUGUGUACAGAGAGCUAUUUUGAUUAUGUAGUCUCUUGUCAUUUUGAUUCUUGUGAACAAUAAAACCUUCAUUUCAAAGUGAUUAGAGAGGUUUUUUGAAAUGUUUGUAAACAGGAUACAGAUAAUAGUAAGAACAUAAAAACACUGUUGUAUCACUAGUA